GUUCCGCGAUGACGCUGGGCCGCUCACCAUUCGAUAGGCGAGUUUUGCUUCACAAUUUGAGCACGACGACCAAGCCGAAUCAACUAGAUCCAUCCAUGGAUUGCUUCACCCACGGGGACCACGUGACCAUAUGAUUCUCGACACCAAAGGUACCCUACCCAGCUUGCCGGUAGCUUGGCUCGUUGGCAUGAGCUUCUCGCUCGGUGGAACUUCACUGCGUUGAUCUAUCACCCUGCAAUUCGCGUCAACGACAGAAGUAUCAUCUGGGCCGCUUCGACGCAGUGCAAGUGCACUCUUCCGCAGCUCCAUUACAAAUCAAAAUGGAAGCCACCCAGCCGCAUGAUCAGUCGAGUGCCAUCGAUUCGGAAAGUGUCCGCGUCUGCAUUCGAAUACCACUAAAAUACAUUCCCGGCGCCAUUCUUCGACGCCCUGUCACACUUGGUGAGAUGUUUUGCGAGACCCAUCUCAACCGCAAUUUCGAAGCGGCGAGUGGCCGCGAUCAUGUCACUAUUCCACCAGGUUUCGACUCUGAGAAUGAUGUGAAGCGCUGGUUCAUCUUCGAUUUCAAUGUGAAAGGGCUCGUGAGGCGCUCAGACUUGCGGCAAAUACGCCAUGAAUGUUACCUUGGGUGCCAAAAGGACGGAAAGUUGUAGGUGCUGUGAAAACAAUAGGCUUUUGACUCACCGACUGAUUUGUUAGAAUUUUUGUUCCAAAGUCUGGAUCGAACGAAGCCGUCUUCAAGUACGUAGAAACGUAUGCGUGGGGUGGGUUGAGGGAGGAACCUGUAAGGAUAAUCAAAUUGGAAAUUCCGCCACAGGGGUAGUCGUCAUUGUCGUUCUCGGGGUAUUACGUCGCGUGCAGGGUUUUAUGAAGGCCGCACUAGAUCUCUUCGUGUCGCUGAGAUUGGCAUAUUAUCCAGCAUCUGCAAUGCAGCCUUGAACUCAUGAAAGUAUCUAGCUUCCUCGUAUAUUUAGGCGGGCGCUGGUCUUUCGACUGCGCAAUACUUGGGUAAGUAUGCCCUUGUAAAGUCGUCGCUGUAAUAAUCUCAAGCUACGC